AUGAUCAACUACGCUCGCUAUCCGGACAUCGUCGAGCGCAUCGCCUUGCACGCAGGCUGGCGGACCCAGCUAUCCUUCCGCGCGGCCUCGCGGAAGCUGCUUGCGUUCGUGGACGCACUACUUUUCGAGCACAUCGCUAUCGAUCUCUCUGCCGCAAGCGCGCAGAACGCCAACCAGAAAUGUGCGCUCUUGCGCCAUCCUAUUCGACACCACGCACUCCCGCUGAUCGAGUUCCCGUUCUACCAUCCGACCGCAGAGACAACGGGCAGCAUACGACUGCUCUCGCCCACGCCGCCGCCAAGCGCCCUCAGCGCUCUGUACGCCUCUCUCAUCAAUCUACCGUCCGCUCUACCGGUUCCCCCUGUCAUCGCGUCCAAGCUCUCGUGCACCACGACCGACUGCUUUGAUGACAAGCUCCCUCUCCUUGGCGCCCGCGCGUCUCCAGCGGUACACGUACACCGUGCCGCUUUGACGGAGAGGUGGGAGCGUGCUCUGCGGCUGGCCUCCGUCGUCGAGCUACGUGGAGACUUUGACCCCGCCGCACUAUCCUUCUGGUCACCCGGGGGGCGGGUGAAAAAGCUCCUUGCACGCCGCGACGUGGCGCUCGUUCUCGAUCAACGGUGGGGCUCCGGCAUCUCUCCCCUCUCCGGUGACACUUGGGUGUGCUGGCUCAACCCCGAGAAUGCACCGCGUGGCGCGUUCGACCUCGCACCCCCUUCGGGCGCCUGCGCCGUCGUUGCCAAUUUCGAAUGGCGGCGUGGUGCCGAGCUCUCAUUCGACCCAAUCGCAGCCUUCCUCGGCAGCGACGAGAUCACUGCCAUUGCUUCCGCGGGAGGCGAAGUCACACUCGUCUUCCACGUCCGAGGCGAGCGAGAGGACUUGCGCCCCAUGCAAUCCGCAAAGAGCCUCAUCGAGGCCCUCGCUGCCUUCCUCGUUCCCAAGAGGUACGAGGAAGAGCCGACCCUCACCCUUGUUGGAUUAGAGGGGAUGGACGACGCCGACGCCUUCGCAAUGGCCUUCGAGGUCCUCGAACCCCCGCCGCGCCGGUCCGUGCCCACAGCGUGGUGGUGCCUCGCCCGUUCGCUCCAGGAACACGCGGGCAUCUGGUGCCCCGACCGCCUCACGCACCUCACCAUUGACCAAUGGAUCACCUCGGCUGGUCGCCAUGCGUCGCUCAUGGUUGACCCCGCACCGUUCGUCUUGCGCCCCUUCUCUGUAGGGGGUUAG